UAGAACAAAGAAAAUUAACAUUUAAUCAAAUUAGAGAAAUGGACUCAAAAGAGUUAGGAAUUUUAUUAAGAAACCAAAAUAUUGGUGCUGCAGUAAAAAAAUGUGCUAUGCAGCUGCCUUAUAUUGAAGCUACAGAGAGUAUUCAACCUAUUACAAGAACCAUUUUAAGAAUAAAUCUUGAACUUUACCCAGAAUUUGAGUGGAAUGAUAAAUUCCAUGGGAAAACAUCAGUUGCAUUUUGGAUUUGGAUAGAAGAUCCUGAAACUGAUCAUAUUUAUCAUUGGGAACAAUUCUUAAUUUCAAAAAGACAAGUUAUCAAAAAAGAAGUUCAAAAAUUAGUUUUUACAAUACCUCUUGUUGAACCACUUCCGUCUCAAUACAUUUUACACUGUACAUCAGAUAGAUGGCUGGGUACUACUUACACAAUUCCCUUAACAUUUCAACAUCUCAUAUUACCUCACAGCCAUGCUUCAGUAACAGACUUGCUUGAACUUCAUCCAUUGCCAUUAUCAGCUCUUA